AUGAGCUAUCACAACGGCUACCCCUCCCGCUCUCCCGUCCCCCGCGGACUUACCCCCAACGGCAACUCUAACGGUCACGCCAACGGCCAGUCCAACGGCGGUGCAUAUGGAAACGGAAACGGAACCGGUAAUGGCGUCGCCAACGGAAAUGGCAAUGGCAAUAGCGCCGGUCCGUCCGGUCCUCAGGGCAAUAACUCCCGUGUCCAGCCUCUUCUCUGUUCGGGCCAUACCCGCCCGGUCGUCCAUCUUCAAUUCUCAAAUCUUCUAGAUGACGGUACCUAUAUGCUGAUUUCGGCGUGUAAAGAUGGGAGUCCGAUGCUCAGGAGCUGGCUCGGAGAUUGGAUAGGCACCUUUAUCGGGCAUAAAGGUGCAGUAUGGUCAACGAAGAUAUCGCAGGAUACGACAAGAGGCGCUACGGGCGGAGCUGAUUAUUUCGCGAAGAUAUGGGACUGCAACUCUGGCGAAGAGCUCCACUCGUUCGCACACAAACAUAUCGUCCGGACCGUCGCGCUCAAUCCUCAAUCGCAACCGCAGUAUCUCUUGACAGGCGGAAACGAAAAGAAGAUCCGGCUCUUUGACCUCAAUCGUCCAGAUGCCGACCCGCUCAUACUCGGUUCGGACCCCGAAAAAUCGUGCGAUGGGACAGUACGGAGUCUGGUUUGGGAUGAUAGUCAGGGUGGGGCGGUGGGUGUUAGUGCGAGUGAGGAUGGGACUGUUCGAUGGUGGGAUCUCCGCACACUUUCUCAAGUCGCCCAGCUGGACCUGGGCGAUCCGGUGACUAGUAUGGAGCUGGCACAUGGAGGCGGAACGUUGAGCGUUACCGCAGGGAAGAAUGUACACUUUUUGGAUAUAUUACGGCAACACCCCCCAGUAACCAUCCCCCUCACGCAUCAACCCACCUCCGCCUCCCUACACCCUUUCCUCCGGGACCGGUUCGUCGCUGGAAGCGCAAACGACCCCUGGGUGCGCGUAUAUGAUUUAGAUUCCGGGACGGAGAGGGAGGUGUACAAAGGGCAUCAUGGGCCUGUGCUCUGUGCGAGCUAUAGUCCUGAUGGGGAGGUUUAUGCGAGUGGGAGUGAGGAUGGUACGGUUCGGUUGUGGCAGACCAACCCGGGCAAAUCUUACGGUCUGUGGCAGAGCCAAGAGUGA